AUGUUAUCAUUCGGCCUUCUCUCCUUGGCUCCACUAGCUUUUGCUGCUGUGCUUUCACGUGAAGAAGCAAUCAGCUACGAUGGCUACAAGGUAUACCAUGUCAACACUCAUGGCGACUCCGACGCCAUUCUGAGCGCCCUCUCCGCAUUGCCCUACGAUCAAUGGAACGAUAGACUACAGGAUCACAUCGACAUAUCCGUUGCAAGAGAAAAUGUCCCCGCUUUCGAAGCACUGGCUCUUAACUACACCGUAAUGCACGAAGAUUUAGGUGCAGACAUCGCGGCGGAGGCUCAAUCGGUGCCAUAUGAGUCUGUGACCCGCAGGCAGUCUGGGCCUUCCAACACAUACUUCAACAGCUAUCAUCCGUAUAGUGAACACAUCACUUUCUGGAGAGAUCUCUCGGCCUCGUUCCCCGCCAACUCUGAGCGUUUUGUCGCUGGACGAUCUUAUGAGAACCGGGAGAUGUUUGGGUACAAGCUUUUUGGGCGCGAUACAGGAUCUACCAAGGAAGCGAUCAUUUGGCAUUCGACUGUUCAUGCUCGUGAAUGGAUCACUACGAUGACUGUCGAGUAUCUCGCAUAUGAGAUGGUCAGGGGUUACAAGGCAAACGAUGCCACUUUCCGAAUCUGGCUUGAUACCUACGACUUUUACAUCCUACCCUUCGCCAACCCUGACGGAUUUGUAUUCUCUCAGACUACCAAUCGAAUGUGGCGAAAGCAACGCUCCCCGGACAGAGGUCUUUUGGGUCAACUCUGCAUCGGGACUGACGUAAACCGCAACUGGCCCUACCAAUGGACCGGAGAUCCAAACGGCGCAAGCACGAACCCCUGCGCAGAGACUUUCAAGGGCCGCGCUGCAGGCGACACUCCCGAGAACAAAGCACUAGUCAACCACACCAUGACAGUCGCAAGCAAACAGCCCAUUGCCCAAUACAUCGAUUUCCACUCCUACGGCCAAUACCUCCUUACUCCCUACGGCUACACCCCUUCGCAACCAGCCAACGGCCCCGCACAGGUCUCUCUAGCUGAGAAGGCAGCGGCUGCUAUCAAAGCGGUCUAUGGAACGGAAUUUACGACUGGACCUUCGGGUUCUACGCUGUAUCCUACAACGGGAAGUAGCUGCGAUUAUGUGACUGAUGUUGCAAAGGGGGAGUAUGCGUAUGUGUUUGAGCUUCGUGAUAAGGGUAUGAAUGGAUUUGUUUUGCCGCCUGCUCAGAUUUUGCCUACGGGUCAGGAGAUUCUGGCUGGUGUUAAGGUUUUGAUUGCUGGUAUUUAG